AGCCCAUGUACAGCUACAAAAAUGGUGAAAACAGUGCUGCGACCGCAAAAUAUUAGUAUAUUCGAGAUUUCUAACCAUGACCGAGGCAUAUGAAGAUGAUUUCUUAGUUAGAGUACGCGCACAAGUGAUGGCCAGAGAUGAGAGUACGGAAGGUUGGUUACCACUGCAAGGCGGUGGCCUGGCGAACGUUUCCAUCCGCAAACGUGCACGACUGCCGCCGGACGGUGGCGGUCACGAGUACAUCAUUUACGGGCAAAGAAUAUCUGACCAAACCGUUAUACUAAGUUGUGUUAUUAAUAGAGAUUUGCAGUACUUCAAAGUCAUGCCUACCUUUCAUCACUGGCGCGCUGGAAAGCAACGGAACGGGCUCACCUUUCAGACGGCUGCCGAUGCAAGGGCUUUCGACAAGGGAAUCAUCCGUGCCUACGAUGACCUCAUUGAUGGCAUGGCGAAUACAACGACACAAAAUGGUUUACCAACUGCUGCGGCCGCUGCUACCGUCGGUGGCCCCAAUGCCAUCAUCGGUGGUCCGACGACCGAUGCCGUCGUUUCGUCCACACUACGUCCGGCGGUGAAUGACAACGAAAACGAUGAUGAAACAGUCGGAGAGGACGACGUGUUCAUGACGCUAGACUUACCGAUUGAACCAUCGGAAUCACGCUCCAACUCCGAGGGCAGCGGAAGCCACCAAAGCGUCGACAAACAAUCACAACAACCGCAGCAGCAGCAAUCCAGUAUUCAAUACAUAUCGGGCGAUAAACCAUCACCGCUGAUCAGCAAGCCUGGUGAUGACAAAGUGACUCCUCUAGUACCUGGCGACAACUAUUCGUACGUUCAGAUAACCGACCCGUGCGACAUCAAGCUAAAGUAUAAUUUCUAUCACUUGAAGGUGCACGACUAUAACUAUCCGGUCAUUGAAGAACCACCGAUCAGCGGAUCACUCAUAGGCGGCCGGCGCGAUUCGACCUCCAGUCUGAAGAAACGGAACGCCCUGGACGCUGCCGCGAACGCCGGAGCCACCUCUUUGCCGCCCAUCAUGAAGGAAGGGACACUCAUCAAGACGCGGCUCCGAUGCAGAUACUGUCAAGAGUUUUACAACGACGAGUGGAACCAUAAGGGCUCAUGUGAUUAUGCGCCGGAUUGCAUCCGGACGGCAAUCGAGAACGUGUCCGGGAUGCCGUGCGCGCGCUGCAUGCUGUACCACUGCAUGAAGGACUCGGAAGGUGAAACGGCAGCUCAUCCGUGUCUCUGUACCGGCGAAUCCGGUUGCACAAAGCGGUGGAUCGGCUUGGCCCUGCUUUCGCUGCUGGUGCCAUGUCUCUGGUGCUAUCCACCGUUGCGCGCUUGCCACUGGAUCGGGGUCUCGUGUCGGCUUUGCGGCGGUAAACACAAACCACAAAUUUGACAUCCGAUCAAGAUCAUCAACCUGACAAGUAUUAAUCGGCUGGAUUGAUUGCAAUCACGGUGCAGCUCUUCAAAGUAAACGAAAACAAGUCAACCCAAGCAGUGCAGGGACACGAAGCCCCACAGCAGCAGCAGCAGUGCUGACGGCGACAUCAUAAGCACAGACACCCCCUUCCAGUAACCACACUCGCUCCUGUUACAGGAAUACACCAUUUGAAGGUCACUGCAUGCAGUCAGUCGAAUCGUAGUGAUAAUGAGAAGAAUCUUUAAGGUUAAGACACUUGCCCCUCUAAUGUUUGUUGAGCGCAUCGGCCUCCCCCCCCCGGAUGUGAAAAGCCUUCCAAAACCCGCCGAACGCGAGCGUGCAGCGAAGCUUUCCAGUCCACAGUUCCACCAUUCCCCACUGUCCUCUUUCUGCUAGCGGCGAAGGUUGAAGGGAGGCCCAGCAAGCGCGCCAUCCUUAACCAAAGUUGAAAACAAGAAGCACUGUACAGCGUAAAUCAAACGAAAACACAGCUUAUUAGAGAGAGACAGAGAGAAAAAGAGAGAGAGAGAGAGAGAGAGGGAGAGAGAGAGAGAGAGAAAGAGAGAGCGAAUACGUAUCGUAUACGUUUUGGAGACUCUUGCCGAAGCACCUGUGCAAACUUCCAGAAGGAAGUCCAUUAAAUCAAGCCGAGACCGAAAUCCGAGGCCGAAUGUGGCCCGUUUAUGGUCCACACCUUGCGUUUACUCGAUCGGGGUAAAGCUUUAAAGAAGGACAGAUGUAAGCCUACAAUCCACUCUACACGAUAACAACAACUACAAGGGAGAUAGUAAAAGUAAGCGAACGAGAAACAAACACAUUAAACAAAUAACUCAAAUGGCCACGAAAGAUGGCCGGGCGCCAGAACGAAAGCGGCAACUAAAACUGAUCAAUCAAUCCUCCAUUACUCUCGCAAUAAAAUUGUACCCGCCACUCCGUCCGCGAGGAGUCACUGCACUCCGAACGCACGGGUAGCGCGAACAAGUGUCGCUGGGUGCGGGUGGUUUCUGGGCUCCAGUGGUGGUCAGAAACAACAAAAACAAGUUGUGAAACUAUACCAAAUAUGCUAUAUAUCCUUCCCACUUCGAAGUUGUGGAUGCCAAGAGAGGGCCAAUGGGCAGUCAUAAAAUUUAUGAUUGCAAAAAGCUUCUAGCUACUAUUAUAGGUCGGCCAAUUGGCCAGCAGGCCAAUGAAACACAUGACGCACCGACUUCGGUUCGCUAGGGUUCUUAUAAGUGGCGCGUAAAAUGUAUUCCUUCUCGAAACCUUGUGCCGUUUCCGACAGUAGAAUUUCAUAAACGGCACGCUUAUUUUUGGUUCUACUUUUCGGUACCGUAACGCAGCCGGCAGCCGGUGUCACUUUCAGUUACAAAUAGUUGAUUGCUUUUCCCUUUACAAUUGGCUUGCAAGAACAGGUAUUGUUUCAAAGCGUUAGAGGCUCUCUCACUCUCGAUCGCGGAGACCGGCAGACAGGGAAAGGAAAGGUCGACCUCUGAAUUCCUUUUGCCCCCCGAAUCAUGACCGUUUUUUUUCCUCUUAUGGUGUGAUUUACACUUGUAAAGUUAAACCCACGUGUACCGUGAGAGUAGUAGUAUCAUUAGAAGAAGCUAGAAAUCCUAUUAAAUUUUUCAUAUCGUGACAUGUGUUUUCGAACAAAGCGUAUAAUUGGUUGUUAUCCGAGAUGCGGAACGAAUCGUUUGUAAACUGUUCAUAGAAUUUUGCAGUGCGGCGCGGCGGUCCGUAGUCCGCGUCGGGAGGUUUGUUAGAUAAAGCCAAAUGUCGUUGAAAGUUCCGUUGACAGAGAGUUCGGUUCUAAUUUUCGUUACGCGUCUCUAGUAGGCGAUGCACACGAGCGAAGAGUGCGGGCUUGUUUGUUACUUUUAAGGACAUUGAUAUUAUGCACAUGGCGGCAAUGGGGAGCGCGUUUAAGUGAAUGUCCUAGUUUAACCCAUGUCCUUUCGCACCUUGCCAGGUCGCGGUGACUUAUUCGGUUUGGAGCGAGCAUCGCAGUAACCGAUCCAUGUGAUCCACGUUAGGUAGAGAAACUGUGCAUCUAUUGUUGUGUUGCUACGAUCCGCUACGGAUAAUAAUGGCUACCGAGUGGUGUGUAAAGUGAAGCGAAGAGUUGUAAAUUGUGUUUCGAAACAAAUAAUAAGCUCUGUUACGGUAGCAAAAUGUCUGCCAUUGUCAGGUUAUACUAGUUUCGAGCUGGCCUUUGAUUUUGUUUCUACAGCUCCACUGUUUUGUUACUAGAUCUGUUCGGCUCUACAGGAGCCAGAGAAUGACGCCAAGGGAAAGCGGUAGCGGUCCACCAAAAAGGUCGGGUUGAACUGUUGUAAGGGCUCAAUAAUGGUUCAAUUGACGCUUUUUGGUGGGGCUAACAGGGGACAGGCUUGAGAACCCGGGAUGCUUCGCAUUGUAACUACAGCGGAAACGGAAGCAGAUGGCGAAAGUGUGUUUAUAUAAAAAUCUGUGCAUAUAUAAAUAUAUACAUAUAUAUUUUAAUAAUAUAUACGAGCAAAACAAUUUCCAUACCACCCGCUCUGUCCCCGGAAUUCGGAAAACAGCAAAAACCAACCGUACACAAGAGGAUACUUAGAGAGCUACACAUCCGGGCAGAGAUGUCACCGGAAACGGAAGCCAAAGGGGAACGUAGCGGAACAGAAACGGGCAAACGGGACACAUAAAGCGCGCGUGUGUCUGUGUCUAUUCUAUUUCAAAUAUUCAUGUGUUACUGUUGUCUCCCCAAAAAUGGCGCUAUGCUGUAGAAUAAAUCAAAGUGUAAGUUUGUAUUGCCGCAGCGAAGACGAGGUACAGAAGAACAAUAUUUAAAU